CUGAGAGGGAUGCACUAGACUGCACUGCAUUUCCUCACUCUGUUAGUGACACAGUCUACAAGCAGGCUACUAGAGUGACAAGGAAAGAGAACUACACACAAGGGUUACUCAAAAUGGACAAAAUGCAGUUGACUUUUCCCUGUCUGACUGUCCUUUUGGGUCUCGUCCUGGCUUCUACCACCACAGCCCAGACACAGCCAGUCAAUCCCACUGUAACCCAGCCCACCUCAGCCUCCAACUCAGCCAACAAAACAGCCACUCCAAGACAUACCACGACUGUAGACAACAAUAAUUUAACAUUAUUCGCCAUAAACCCAAACCUUACUGAUCUCAUUUUUGAUAACGUCCCUAUAACCAAUUCCACCGGGCGGCCUAACCACACGGUAACCACACCACUGAAGACCAGUUCAGAUGCCUCUCCAGGACAGACAUCCUGGCCCUCACCAAUGGACGUCUCUACAUCAAAGCCCCCAGCAGAGGCCAGCAGCACAACUGAUAGCACUUCUGCUACUAGCACCACCAAGAAUAGAAGUUCGGCGGGAACUGCUCAACCAAAACCCUCUGCGAGAAAAUCGCCCCACAUUGGAUUGAUCAUCUUUAUUGUGAUCAUCAUCACUGCCUGUGUGCUUGGAGCAACAUGCUUCUUUACUAAGAAGACAUCAAGGAGGUACUCCGUAGAUCUCCGAGACAGGCAUGAGGAUCUGCCUCUGAGUGCUGCGGAUCACGACGCCGUGUUUGACAACUCCUCAACACAGAAGGGGAUGGACACCUUUACCGCCGUGGAUCUCAACAGCACCGAGGUCCUGGUUAAGGGAAGUGAGGGAGAAAGAGCAGAUAGUGAGAAAAUCUCUGACUACCCACCGCCUGCCAGCCCUGUGGACAAACCUGAUGAUGGGGCCCCUGGAGAUGUGGCCCCUGAGGCCCCAGUGGGGGAGACUGAUGACGAGAACACUGUCUCCAAUAAGACCUCAGUGGAGUCAGUGGAGGCCAACGAGAGCAACAACAACAACACCAGCAUCACCGCCAGGAUCGCUUCAACAACUCCAAGAGGACGGGCCAUGACCAGCAGCUUCUCUGAGGUUCCUCUGGACAACCCGGCCUAAAAGAGAUCCUCCUUUAUCUGCAGCCCCUUCACAACCACGCCGGUGUCCCCAUCCAACAAAAUGGUUUGUUUUAGCAUUCCUGUCCACUCCUCCUGGGUCGAACCUACUCUCCGGGCCUCUGGGCCUACUGUGAUCAGAGACUUGGUGAAAGAUGGACAUUCACCUGCUGGUAUCGCCUCAAGCAUCAGCUCCAACCUCCAACAUUCCUUCCUCAGGCCCAAACUGACGAGUCACACCACGGCUUAAUAUGCCUGUGUCUUUCAGUGUGUUAGUCAUCUCAGUUGGGGGACUUUUCUCCCCACUCUCCAGGUGUAAGAACAGUUUACUUUAAAUGAACGCUUUACGUAUGUUACACUGCGGCCACUAUUGCUACAUUUUGAUGUGUGUUUAUGGUGGUUUUAAAAUUGGAGAAUGUUUGAUAGUGAAAUGUUACUAGUUGAGAAAUAGUAAGGCAAGUUGACGCAGGGCUGUGCAUAUUCAUGACUGAUGAAUUUGGCUUUUGUUGUUGUUAAUGUAAUGCACUAUGCUUAUAUUGCACAUAAACCUAUUAGAAGAAACACUGUACAUUUAAAUGAACUUGCGGUCGUGUUCUUCCUCAGCAAGCUUUCACAUUGAUAUUAACAACUGCAUACUAAAUAUGUAGUGAAUCGCUGCAUUGCUUUGACCUAAAAGACAUUAUGAUUAGCUAUUAAACUUUGCAGCACUUAACCUUUCAGUUGUUAAUCUGUCAGAUCAAUCAGGUUUUGCGUCCCUAGUUAUUUUCUCUCAUCGGUUAUUUUGCUGUUUUUACAUGCCCAUACUAAUAGGUAGGUAAUUAGCUUAGGCACAUGCAUUGCCCUUUCAUUCAAAGUGUUUCCAAAAACGUCUUUAUGGAAACGUCUUCUGACAAAAUGGACAAUUACAGUUCUGUUGUAUUCUACCAUGCAGUGUAGGAAUAUUGAUUGCAUGGAACAGGUAGUUUAGAGGAGACAGUUGUGAUGACGAGUGGACGUUUCCAAAAGGCAAGAUCUGCUUUACUGCACGCUGUAAAAGCCCAGAGGAGAUGGAAAGAGCGGUGAUAAAUUGUAAUGUUUGAAACUUUCCCUCUGUGAUGUCAUAAAGCAAUAAUAAAACAGGUAUAUAGUAAGUUUAGGACAGAAAGGAUUUCGGAUUUCACUUAGUUUCCACCUGUUUUUAGAAGGGGGUAAAGGUGAAGGUAGUAAACAGGUUUAUGCAGGUUUUAGGUAAUGAGACUGAAAACCGGUUGAGGUUUUGGUUUAUUACUAUCCGUUAACAAAAUGAUAGGUGGAAACUUACCUCCGCUACAGUUCAAACACUUGACUCCUAGGCCUUACUACAAUGUGAGCAAUCUAAUCAAUUGUAAUCACUACUUUUGUAACCCAGCAUUUGAGCUCUUGUUCAGAGACCAGAUUGAGGAGGUGGUAGUCUCUCGCUGGACUCGGUUAGCCUUAGUAGCAUUUUCCCCAGAGUCACUAAAUCCCCAGUGGAAUGUCAAGCCUUUCAGUGACUAGGUUUCUCCUUCACUAUAGUAACUGCCUAACUGGGGGUUCUCUCCACACAGAUGCCUAUCUGUUCCUAUAUGGCUCAACUUUAGCUCAGUUUAGCCCAGCCACUUUACAGAGCUGUGCGAGAGCUCACCUGUCCUGCAAUAUGCAAUCAGACCCUUAGUAAUCACAUAAGCUCUGCAAUAUGCAAUCAGCCUCUUAGUAAUCACAUAAAGCUGUUCUCUGUUACCUGGUCUCCUUUUUAUUGCAUGCAUUUGAGAUUACCGGGGGGGUCACAUUUGAAAGUGCAACGGCAGGAUAUAAGAGCUGUGAGGAUGAGACACUCCUAUAGCAUGGUCGGUUUUCAUUGAUUUCGUCAUGUACUAUAGACUGCACACCAUCCAUAUCCAAUGAACACCUGUGAGCUGCCUUCAAUUCGUAUUUGGAUAUGUAGGAGUUUUAUGUAUGAAAUCUGUACACUCAGCUUUUUGUCAAUCUAAAAGUUAAUCUAGUCUAAGUCAUCAAGGGCUUUUUAAGGAGUUGUACCACCUCAACUCCACGGUCUUCACACCUAGGGGGCAUACACCGGUUCGAAGAAUCCAUAAAAGGGUCAUCAUAAAUCAAUUCAAUAGUUGUUUUUUUUUUUUUUUUCCCAUGUCCGGUAUCCUGUCCCGCAAACAGAUGUUUCAGCACAGGUGUCAAAGGUCAAAGGCCACGUAAACAUGGUCAAAGCAGAAGGCAAGGCAGGGGAUUACAGGUGACGAGAGCCAGGACAGUGGUGUCACAGAAUGACUAAGGACACAACUAUCCAGGAAAAUUCAGCCAGGUAGAAAUAUAGAUGGAGAAAACUGAGGAGGAAGUUAAAAAGCCCUGAAAGGUGGCUCAGUGUGAUCUCCCCCAUCGUGACGCUCCCAUCGAUUACAAAGCAGGAUUAGCAAAGGUUGAAGCUAAGUGCUUUUCAGAUGAAUAACUGUUCUGCACAACAAAAUGAAUCAUUUGAAUCGUGAGUGACCCACUGACUUCAUGCUGACUUCCACGUUGUUUUCUUUGUGUUCUUUAGGCUGAAGAAAAAACGUGAAGUAAAAGGUCAAGUCAUCGGAAACGCCUGAAAACAAAGUAUUUCUUUCAAUUCAUAUUAUAUAGGCUAGUUGAUUAAGUUGAUGUUUUCUCUGUCUAUAAACAAUGUAACUAUUGUUGUCUUUUAUAUCUCAGGAAUGGAAAUGCUAAUUUAAAUUUCACUUUUAUUAUUUACUUUUAUUAUACUGUAUUUUUGUUAUCGUAGCCUUCGGAGUUAAUACGCCUAAUUUUGAUUCAUUCAUUUAAAUUCUAAACAUAUGCCCUGCGUCACAGGGUCCAUGUCUCUUGUGUGUGUGUAUAUAGUAUAGAUAGGAAUGUAUGUCUUUAGGGAAUUAGUAGCAGUGUCAGAAUGUGUUCAUGUUGUUAUUCUGAUUUACUUAAGAUUUAUACCAUGGCAUUGUUAAAUACUGAUUUCUGAUUGGCUUGAAGGGCAUUCUAGAAAGCUGCCUUAUUUAUUUACAUAAACUCAUAUGAAGUCAUAUGAAAUGUGAGGUCAUGUAUGAACUUAAAAUUGUUAACAUCUCUGUUUCCAAGAUACAUUUUUGGGGAGAUCAGUUUCAAAUCUUUAUGCAGAUUUUUCACAUUCCCCCUCAAGCUAUAUUGUCAAUUCAUUUGUCUUUUUGAAAAAAAUGGCAAUACUUCCAUCGUCAUGUUCUGUAUAUUUUAUUUGCAUGGAUUUGAUUACAUCCUUUUUGGAUGUUUUUGAUGUAAGUAGCUAGAUAAAUGUAGUGAAUGUGUCACAAUAUGUCUGUUAUUGGGCGAUCUAAAUCCUACUCAGCGUGAAGCUUGUGUUUUAUUAAUGUUCUUCAACUUCCCCUCGUGUCAUCUGGGCCUCAUUCAGGAGCCAAACGUUGUGGAAACCCUUCAGAUAGAAAUGUCCUGAUUAGAGCUGACGUGAUUCCUGAUUCCGCAUCUCACAGAGGCAUGUCUAUUCUGCAAAAUAUAUUUCUGAACUUUUCACAAUGUUGAGCCCUGCUAAAUGCAGCACUGGUCCCCAACAUACAGUGAACUGGACCCUGCUAUUGCGAGGCCACCUGUUAAUAACCUCAUGAAUUAGAAACCAGGCUAUCAAGCCAAUCCACUGCAUCUCCAUCCAAGACGACAUCCUAAAAGGCUUAUGGGUGGAUUGCUCUGGAUGAUGCUAAUAGCAGCAGAUAUGCUAUAAUUUACACGUAGUAAAACACAACAACUAAAAAGAGAGGAAAGGGAGGCCAGGGCUAGAUACAGUCCAAGCCAAGAAGAUAGCAGUGUUGGUUCGUGAUCCAGGGGAAAUGAAAGUGAUACUGUGAUAUAGCCUAGCUAUGACGGAUAGGAAAGAAACAGCUGGGAGAGGUGGGAUACAGGAGAGAACUCCUAACUGUUUCCUUUACAGGAUAGUUUCUCCUCUUUCUACACACUCAUUCACAAACAUCCCAAUGUAGUGUGUGAAAUUCUACUUCCUUUUUUCAUGCAUCAAGUAGGAAAUCUUGACACAAAUAAAAUGUAAAAAGCUAAGAAGUCCAGAAGACGUUUCCAUAAAUAAUGCUCUGUCUAGAACAACUGUUUCUCUUGUUUGUACAUUUUAAUAAAUCUAUCAAAAACA